UAGGGGGAGAGAGAGAGAGAAGUGUCCACCCAGUCACCUCAAAAACAACUGAAAGCUAAAAACGUGAUUGUGUUCAAUCUAAGUGCAGUGUUUAUUUGCCCGGAAGUGCCAAUGUCGGAAUAAGGAAUCAACAGAUCAUGACCCUUGACCCACCCGCCCAGGACCAGCCCAAAUACGCACUGGUUGGUUCGUUCUGAUUGCAAAGUGUUGGCUCGCCAUUUAUGGAUUUCAUCUUUUGGUGGGAGCAAUACCAUCACUAACUAAUGAUGAUCUGGGCCGGAAGGCGAACCCGUGAUUAGUUCCCCGACUCUCGGGUCAUCAACUAAUUGCCCCACUUGUACUCCGGAAGAACACCAAGAUUAACGUGGCUCCAUUUCGCCGGCCCAGAAACUACCGAAAAGGGUGAGAAAGUGUGGGAAAAAAAUCUCCCAGGACUGACGACGCAGGAAUCGACUCUCUGAGUCUCUGAGGCACAUUAGAUUGGCUUUGUUCGCAAGUGGGAUGAAAUUCCUGAUCGGAUCAAUGCCAAAGAGAGCUGACAUUCAGCCGCAUAUUUUUGGCAUCAGUGGUAUUGUUGUGCUACUACGAAGUCGGUCUCCUAUCUAGUUUGUGCUCCUCCCUUCAUCCGUUUUGGGUCUGGCACCGGAUGUUCCCAAGUUUCAGACGGUUUCAACCGCUAGUAUAAAAGUUCAAGCCCGCAACAACAACGUGAAGAGCAACUACAACAGUCCGUGCGUAGUACGUGCAUGCAAGCAAGAGACAAGACUCGAGGAGUGUGAUGUACGUACUCACAAGUAGCUCUACUUGAAUGAGCCCACUUACGCCGUCUCUCGGUGGUGUUAGUUGUGAGAGUAGUAGUGGAAGAAGCAGAACUUUGUAGUAGUCGCAAUCGUGCAAGUUGAACAUCACACUGAUCUAGUAGUAUUUAUCCAUGAAUGGAGGUGGUGUGAGUGCGCAGCGUUCAUGGACUGUGAACCCGUCCACAAGUGAAACUACUACAACAACAACAACUACUACUACUAGUUCUUUGACGUCAACAACUUGGAACUUCUCGGGGUCCAUUGGACUGGGCCACUAACGAACGAACGACCGAACAACCGAACGGCCCUCCAUGUAGGACGUCAAAUCAUUGCGCCCAGGCGUGAGAUACACAGUGGGACACACAGCACUUGGGAAAAGCGGCAGCGGCGAACUGGCUGUUCUCUUGGCCGUGUACUCAAGUGCGGCUCCAACCUCCCGUCUCAUCCUCAUCGGUCCUCGUGCAAGCCGUGAGAGUGUCCCUCUCUCUCGCUCUUUCGGUUUCCAAGGGGUGAGCGCGGUGAGCGGCUUGAUUCAGCACCGCUUGGCCGGGAUUGUACGCACCCACAUCGACACGCCGCACCGAGAGUGCAGUGCCCGAACUUGGGUUCGCUCGAAUCGCUUGAUUUACUCAGUGGAACGGACGAACGACCGACCGACCGACCGAGUGAGUGAGUGAGUGAGUGAGCAAGAGAACGGACGGACGGACUGAUUUUGAAGACGUUCAGUUUGGAGGGAGCUGUUGUUGUGGUCUGAGUGGCGUGGGUCUUGUUGGUGUUCUUGGGAAAAAGACCAAAGAAGAAAAAGAAGACGAAGAAGCCAGAUGGAUAUCUCUUGAGGAAUGCACAUUACCAACGUCAAUACGACCGAGUUGUUUUACAACACUCGGAAAGUGCCACAAUUGAAGGAGAGGUGGUGAUAAUUCCGGCAUCUGUCCGUCGUCGUGUUCAGUGAGGACACUCGUGUGUGCCAUCAGAUCUCAAGUGUUGUUGGCAUUGAAUGCAAUUGAAUGGCAAUUGCAUUGUAAACUAGUUGCAGUCGUUUCAGCAGCCUCCAACCAAGCUCACUCUUUCAAUCUGUGCCUGUGUCACAGCAAGGUCAAACCGCCGAUAAUGCCCAAUCGCAUCUCUUUUGGGUGGUGAACAUCAUUCCUGAAGUAGUACAGUCGAAUUGGACGGUCUGUUUCACAACUCGCAUUCGUCGCUUUCCAGAAGUGGAGCGGGUUUCUGCGAAUUUUCAAACUGUCUCAUCGGUCGAAUAAUGAGACACGCUCUGGCGGAUGAUUCAUCUUGUUCAUCAUCAUCGUCAUCAUCAUCGCCGUCAUGGAACGGAAUAAUAGCAGCACCACCACCAUCAACGGUGUGGUGGUAGAACCCCUCAUCAGCAGCAACAACAACAACAACAACAACAACAACAAUAUCAACAAUAACAACAAACUCACCGGUAGUCAUGCCAACAAAGUGAAACGCAUUGUGCGAAAUCACAGCUUCAAAUCCAUCUCGGCGUCCAGUGAUCACAACCAUCAUUAUCAGCCAGCACCGCCUCCUUCGCAACCCCAGAAACUCGGGAUCACCAAUGCACCACCCUCGGACAAGUCGCGAUCACGGGCCGUCAUGCAGCCGGCCGACUAUUACAAUACCCAUGCCGUAAGUGGCAGCGGCCAUACUCUCAACAACAACCCCUCAUACACACAACCGUCCACAUCAAUGCCGGCUCGAGACAAUUACAAGAGCUUAAACGAUGUGUUUGGCACCGAGGCCAGUAUGACGUCGUCCAUGAUCUCGAACAACUCGGUAGCCUCGUCUUCGACAACCGGAAAGUCCCAUCUGAGCAAGAACGUGUCGUUACCGCUGAACGGUCACCUGCCCAAUGGAUCCAACGCCUUGAAAGCCGCUCGGAGCAUCACGUCCAUGAACAUGCCUCCACCCUCGGAGCCACCCGUUUACAAGCACGUGCCUUUGUCCAGAAAUGUCCCGUCCCAGAACCCCCGGUACAUGGGCGCCCAACCCGUGCCUAAUAUGACCCAUCGCUUUGGCAAUCCAGAGCUCAGGUCCUCCUACAGUGAGAAGAUCAGUGGUGGAGGGUCCUCGGCCAGGUCUUCGGGCAGUUCAAAGGGGUCAGUGAACCAUAGCGGGUUACCCGUGAGCAAUAGUCAGCGUGAUAGUGGUCUCUACAAAAGCAACUCUAGUCUAGACCUCGAUCACGAGGUGGAUAUGGUCCAAGAGGCCAUCAAUAACAGUUCCUCACUGAUGAGCUCGGGUAUGUAUCGGCGAGAAUUCGGGAGUCACGGCUCGAUUGAUGUCAUUUCCCGACAAGAGAUGCAGCAUCCGCAGAGCCACCACCAACUCUUUGGCGACAUCCGGUCGUUCGACUCCUCCUCUAUUGAUGGGGUUACUUUGGGAGGUGGACCAGCGGCCAUGAGCACGCUCACCAGAAAGUCCGAGGAGAGUGCCAGCGGGUCGGUGAUGAGUUCUGGCAGUUUGGAGGAAUCCCCAAAACAGAAGAAGAAGGCCGGAUUCUUUUCCUCGUCGUCCACGUCGACCAAAGAGGUCAAGGGCGGCGGCGGCGGCGGCGGGCAAAAGUCCAUUUUCAAAAAGUUCCGCGGAAGUACAAAAGAGACCCAUUCGGGUGACAGUCUGAAAGGUCUCGUGAAUGGGGAGGUCGACCCAAACAGUGACAAGCACCUGGAGGAUCGCCAUCGGCGCCGAUUCUUUCUCCAUAAUGACAUAGGAAGUGUAAGUGCCUCGUUAAGUGUGACAACCCAUUUGAAAACGCUGGAACGGCGAAAUACAACCACGGGUGCGAGUGCUGCCAGUGCCGCAUUAAGAAGAACGGACCACGUCACCACAGAGGCCAUCGAAAAGGACAUUGGUGACAAUGUCAGCAAUGAUCUGGUUCUCAGCUGUCCCUAUUUUCGGAACGAGAUCGGCGGCGAAGUGGAGCGGAAAAUCGCGCUCACCCGCCAGAACUCGUCGGGUCACACGUGUGACACCCAAAGUCCCACCACCGCCACCAUAGUGAGUACCACUCUCAACGGCUCGCCAAUCUCCGGGUCUUCAUCGGCCUCCUCCAGCCCCUUGCUCUCGGCCGCGGUCCCCUCCUCGUCAGACGCGCUCACAUUGGAUGCUCACACGCCGCCUUUGGCCCGGGGCUUCUCCUUGCUCGACUCUCCGGAAACGUAUUGGAAAAACGGAUUCUGUCCCUACCGCAGGACAUCGACCAAUGUGAUUGAACGCAUCGACCAUGGAGCCACGUUCUUUAAAACCUUCUUCUACGGAAAAGAGCAUCAAAACUGGUUCGGAGUGGACGAGCAAUUAGGCCCGGUUGCCAUUUCCAUUCGCCGGGAAAAAGUGAACCUGUCAGGCUUGGCCAACAAUGGACACGCCUUCCUGGCCAGCACGCCCUCAUUCUCGUCCAUGGACAACUUGAUCGCCGAGCAACACAUGUACCGGAUCAUGAUCCGGACCAGCGAACUCCUGCCACUGAGAGGCAGUGUGCUGGAGGACAGCAUUCCGGCUCUCAAAUCCGAAAAGAUCAAGACCUUGCCCACCAGGGAGGUCUUGGAAUUCGUCUGCCCAGAAAUACAACUGUCUAGUCUCCACUUGGGAAUUCAAUCGGGUCCUUGCGAAGAAGAACUCAUCCGACUUGACGAGGCUUACGUGCAAAACAAAUAUAAGGUGGGUCUUAUGUACUGUCGCGAAGGUCAACAAACCGAAGAGGACAUGUACAACAAUGAGGAAGGUGGAGCGGCUUUCAACGAGUUCCUUGAGCUUAUUGGUCAGAAAGUCCGACUCAAAGGAUUCAACCAAUACAAAGCCGGACUAUGCAACAAAAACGAUUCCACGGGUCUCUAUUCGGUGUACACGGAACAUGCCGGGAAUGAGCUCAUGUUCCACGUGUCCACUUUUCUCCCUUUCACGCCCAACAACCGACAGCAGCUCCCUCGGAAACGCUACAUUGGCAACGAAAUCGUGACAGUGGUGUUUCAAGAACCAGGAGCCCUGCCAUUCAUUCCAAAUCUCAAAUCUCAAUUCCAACACGUAUUCAUUGUGGUGCGAGCCCACAAUCCCUGCUCAGAGCACACUCAAUACAGUGUCGCGGUUAGCCGAUCCAAAUCCGUGCCCAUUUUUGGACCGCCCAUUCCCAAGGGAGCUCGAUUUGCCAAAACCAAAGGCUUUGCUGACUUUCUCCUGACCAAGAUCAUUAAUGCCGAAAAUGCGGCGCAUCGAUCGGAUAAGUUCGUAUCCAUGGCCGUCCGAACUCGACAAGAAUUGCUCAAGGACCUAGCCACCAACUUUAUUUCAUCUACCACCCUAGAUUCGGGUUCCAAAUUCAGCUUGUUUGGCAAGAAAAAGGACAAGUCGAGGGCCAGAUUCCUGCCAGAAGCAGCCGGUCUACGCGGUGCUCUCUCUUGGCGAGUGGUGGUGGAAGAUUAUGGUUCUAGCACCAAAACUAAAAGUCGGAGCAACAUGGUCACGUCCAAUCAAAAUUACAGUAGCUCGAAGGGAACCGUUGCUUUACCUGUGGAGAUUGAGGCCUUGGUGGCCAUCUCUCCGGAUUCCAUUCUCGUGAUCCAAGAAAGCCACCAGCAUGAGGUGCUCUUCAUCACCGCCGCUAAAUCAGUGUUAGGAUGGACCGUUACGCCCAACUCGAUCCGCAUCUACUUUCACCAGGGUGAGGCCUUAAUUCUGCACUCCAAAGACCGCGAAACGGAAGAUAUGAGUGAGAUUGCACACCGUCUAAAGGCCGUCACGAAUGGUGCCGUCACUCAGGAGUUUACUCUUCGUCGAAACCAGAUGGGCCAACUUGGAUUCCAUGUUCAACAUGACGGACUGAUCACUGAAGUCGAAAACUUUGGUUAUGCGUGGCAAACUGGCCUUCGCCAAGGAAGCAGAUUGGUGGAGAUCAAUAAGAACCCCGUGAGCGCUCUUUCCCAUGAACAGAUGGUCGAGCUUCUGAAAACGUCAAUGACGGUGACAGUGACCGUGAUACCGCCUCAUCCAGAUGCUUCGCCACGUCGAGGGUGUCAUUUGAAGAAUUGUAGUUUCGCCUUUGGAGCGCCAUCUUCGAGCGGAGACUUCGACGGCGAUUACGAGAAUGUCGUUCAAGAGCAACAACAACAGCAGCAACAACAACUUACUCAACAGCAUACGCAAUUUGGACCGGGAGGCCAACAGCCCGUUUCCAAUGGCAAAACGGUGUAUGAUGGAAUGGGCGUCAGUGGUCGUUCCCUAAGUCCACCGAGGUCAAGCAACUCCUCCGGUUAUGGCACUGGUUCGAGUCGCAAGUCUCUAAGUGAACAGCACCAACCGCAACCCAGGUUAUUGGGUCACCAACAACAUCAACCACAGAUCCUGGAGCAAACCUCAGGUGGAGAAGGAGAGCGCUGGUAUGAGUUAGGUAACGAGGCUGCACCUGGACUUGUCCCUGAAGACUCUUCGCCCCCGCCAUUACCUACACGUAUAGGUAGCAAGGGUUCAGCUUUUCAAAAAGUGACCUCCUCAUCCGGAGGAUUGUCCAAUAGCACUAGCACCAGCAACAAAAGCAGCCUGAACAAUGCCAACGCAUCUCCCUCCAUCUAUCAGAGGCCUCCGCCACCUCGAGUCACACGACCCUCUCAAAUUGUGCCUAAUGGCGGGGUCGUGUUCUCAAACUAUGCUGCUCCCACAAAUUUCGUUAGCAACCCGGCGCCCAACUAUCAAAACCAUCAGCCAAGUACCACGGUCAAGAUUGUGGGAAACUCUACCCAAGGGCUGCGGAAUCCUUAUACCAGCCACUACUCAGCCCCUGCUAAUAGGGUGAACGCACCCAAUGCUCAAAGUCAUUACGGUCCCAGCGCUACUUCAAGCAUCAACAAUGCUACCCUCCCCAAUGGACCCAAUGGCGGCAGCGGCAUUAGCAAUUCGGCCAAUAACAGUAAUAAUAAUAAUAAUAAUGUUGGACAGAUCCAAAGGCCUAUUCCAACCCAUCCAGUGGAGGACGCCCAACUGAACGGUCUGCAAUCCAACUACGAGUACCUUCAACAUGAACGACUGGCCGCUUUGAAAUCGUCCAGUUUGCCGCCAGAAAUGGUGGCCAAUAGACACGGAAGCAAUAACACCCCUACCAAACUAACUGCCGGAGUAGGUGGUGGUGGUGGAGGUCUAAGCACUUAUGUUGUGGAUGGAGGUCACACCACUGAUUCGAGUUCGAAUUCAGAACGAUUCCACGCCCACCGGAGUGAGGACGAGCUCUCUGGCAGCAGCAAUAGCGUGUCUCCUCAACAGCAACGACGACGCCGAACCAAUCCCCAUAAUACUGCCACAUCUGCCCUGGGCUCCUCAGCUCAUUCCAGGAGCGGUGGAAGUGGCGGAGUGAAUCCCCCUUCUAGCAAUGGCUCGAGGAAUCAGAGCCCACGAACUAUCGCCAGAUCUGCCACUUCGGCUGCCGAUGAGCCUGUGAGCUCUGGGAUUGGCGUGAAAAAGCGGUCGGUCUCCCGCAAUCCGAAUCACCGGAAUUCAGCCAAUCUUGGAUCAUCCAGUACCUUUCAAGAAGACCUCAUGAAACUUAUUAGUCCCGAGUACAAUCAGGAUAUGGACGCCAACAGUCAGAAAUCGAAGUCGCGGCAACUUCUUGUCCAAGCUUUCCUUCGAAAUUCAUCGCCAGUCAAUCUCACGUCCUCAGUGUCGAUUUCCACCAACACGCCCCCACCAUUGGGAGCAGCCCCUCAACCUCAAGCGAUCAGUGGCAAAUCUGCGUCCAUGAGCCGCACCCCUCCUAGGGCCAAGUCCAUAACCGAACUGAGCCUCAUGAAAACCCGUUCCCGCGAGAACAUUGCCGGCGUGGGCGGUUCCACCACCUCCGGAUCUCCCACCACCAAUAACCAGAUGAAAUUAUCCGGCUCGAGCAUGGCAGAUGACUCCUUGUCGGAAGGUAGUUUCCACAUGGCUCGCCCUGCAACUGUGAUAUCUAACAAAUCCACUGACUCGUCCAACAUGUCCGUGUCUUCAACGAGUGUAAACUUAAGCGGAAAGUCCGACAGGUCUAUGGGCGUUCCUUCGACGCCUGGAAAGAAACUGUUACCCAAUACUCCACGAGUAGAACCGGAUAAUCCUGAUAAGACAGGUCGGGCGCAUCCCAUGCCGUUGGCGGAUGAGAGGAUGGAUUGGACCGCUUUAGUAGACACUGCCACUCGGGCCAUUCAUUUCUCGGCCGACGACUCUAACGUGCACAAUUCUCAACACCAGCAUCAACAUCAGCAUCCUCAAGCCAGUGGAAGCGUGCCCAACAAGACCGAAAUGCGCAGUAGAUCCACGGUUGUUUUGAAUAAGGCCGAUGAUCAUCACCGAAUCAAACAAAACCAUUAUCAUUCCUCCCAAGAACUGAACGGACCGAGCCAUCAAAAUGGUCGAUCCGGCUCAGGCAGUCCUCCGUUCCAAAACAGUGACUCAAAACAGAACGAAAAACUGAAUCUGUUAUUGGAUAAACUGAACAAAAUGGAGAGCCGAUUGAACUCGGAGGCCAUAGAGAAGACCCAAUUGGCCGAGGAAGUGGCCGCUCUCAGGGAAGAGAAUAUCCGACUGCAAGAAGAAUCGCAGACGGCUUCCCAACAAUUAAAAAAGUUUACCGAAUGGUUCUUUCAAACCAUUGAUAAGACUUAAGACGACAGAAAGAGACGGAAUCUUACUCUUGUGAUGAAUGAUUACCGAUCAAUUACCACUUGCUUCACGGAGAUGAACCGCUCCAUUUGCCAAAGACUUGAAUCCAUGUUUCUAUCCAGUCGUUCCAUUGUGUCUUAUGUUUCAUAUAGUUAAUUCAUUGUCACCUUAAGGCGUGGUUAGUUACCGCAUCAAGAGAUCACUAGUAUUUAAAUUCAUUGCAUUGCAAAUUACACAGUUGUAUUUUCCUACGCCAAUAAACAGUCAUUUGAAUAUCGCCAA